CGCUCAUCAGUCACCACACGGAUUGAAGUCCCUCACCAGUCACGAACUCAAAAACACCUUCAAAUCAAUUGCUCCUCGCUCACCACACAGCCGAAAACCAUCUUCAAAUCAACUGCUUUCCAUGGAUUCAAGCUCGAUGUCAUCGAGUGGAAGCUUGAGGAAAAGGGGCCCAGCCCGAUGCUUCUGCUCGGAGAGACCCGUUGUGGUCGUUUCAUGGACAUCUGACAACCCUGGAAGAAGGUUCUACGGUUGUCCAAAUUACUGGGUUGGACGCAAGUGUAAAUUUUUUCAGUGGCUUGAUGAUGAAAUCUGCGAGCGUGGGAAGGUGCUGAUUCCGGAGCAGAGGCAACGGAUUUUGACCCUUGAAGCUGCCAUUGUAGGCUACAGGAAGAGAGAGAAGAGGCUGCUCAUUUGCCUGGGGCUGUCUCUGGUGAUAAGUGGGAUGCUACUUUGUUUGAUGCUUCUUCUGGUUGGCUAAAUAGGU